CACGUAUCGAUUUGUUUGUGACAGAGAAUGGUGAAAAUGAUGUGGUUCCAGGUGUGGUUUCAAAAUCGGCGCGCGAAAUUCCGGAAGCAGGAGAGGCUGGCCCAGCAGAAGUCGACGUCGCAGAGCGGGAUAGGCGUGGACAGCGGGGCCUCCAGCCCCGUGGGUGGCAACGUGAAGGCGGAGGGCCGUUCCCCGAGAAGUCCGGCGACGCCGCCCGCCAGCUCGAACACCGUCAUGUCCGCGAACGAGGUGAAACCGAUCCCCAACCCGAACCUGGUCAGCGUGAAGCACACGAGCGCCGACGCGGCCGCGGAGGGAAACUCGCCGAAUACGCGGGCAAGCAACGGUGGUGGGGGGACGUGGGGCUCGUGCAGCCCAAGGCCCUUCUCUGCCGCGCUACCUCCGUAUCUGUUGGACCCGUUGCCCUUGAAAACUGCGAACCUCUACUAAUAAUCUAUAAUAAUCGCCAUCUUCCCAGCGAAAUUAUGUAAAUAUAGGGGAAAUUCGAAUACCAAGGAAAGGAAAAGCUGUGCGAAUGCUGUUCAGGCUCUCGUUCCAUCGUGCGGU